CCGAGCACGGCGCACUCAACUCUCUCCCUUUCGUCUUGCGGCGGUCAUCUUAGUUAACUUAGCCACAGCGCCUCCAGUCACAUCUCUCUGAUAUAUAUCAAUAAUCACGCACUCGGCACCGCAUUUAGCUGCGUAACGAACGCCUCACCUCAGUCGCCCCUCCUCCGGAACUACUUAACUUGCUUGCUUGUUGCACCAUCUAACCUCACGACAGACGGCAUGAUGGGCAUCUUUGGUCAGGCCAGCAGUGCGCUGCGUGGUCGACCUCGUGGCGCCUCAGUGGAGGACAAAGCAAUUGAAGAUAGCGAGCCAGAUGAUACCUCGGUUUUAGACGAGCAAGAAGGGUCCAUCAUUUCAAGCCUCAUCUCGCAGCUACGAAUUGGCAUGGACCUCCACCGUGUAACCUUCCCGACAUUCGUGUUAGAGCCUCGCAGCAUGUUAGAACGAAUCGCAGACUUCAUGUCUCAUCCCGAGCUCAUCUUUGGAGCAGAAGAGCUCGAUGAUCCUGAAGAACGUUUCCUGGUUGUUCUCCGAUACUAUCUGAGUGGUUGGCAUAUUAAACCCAAGGGCGUGAAGAAACCGUAUAAUCCCGUACUGGGAGAAUUCUUCCGCUGUCGUUACGACUACCCGAAUAGUACUCAAGGGUUCUACAUUUCCGAGCAAGUUUCGCAUCAUCCACCCAUCUCUGCUUACUUCUACAUUUCACCCGCUAAUAAGAUUCGCAUAAUUGGGGAGAUCAAGCCAAAAUCGAAAUUCCUGGGUAACAGCGUAUCGACGAUAAUGGAGGGUGAGAAUCGUAUGAUGCUGUUAGGUCGACCUGAAGAUGGAGAGUACGUAGUCACCAUGCCCAAUAUGUAUGCCCGUGGGAUUCUAUUUGGGAAAAUGGUGUUUGAGCUAGGGGAUACUUGUGUAGCGAAGAACGAGAAGACAGGCAUGUCUUGUGAUCUAGACUUUAAGACUAAGGGUUUCUUCUCUGGGACAUACAACACAAUCUCAGGACGAGUCCGCCACAACGGCCAAGAAAUCGGCGAAGUCUCGGGUAGAUGGUCACACGCAAUGGAGUUUAAAUCCAGCAAAACAGGACAAAAACGGAUCUUGUUCGAUGCAGACAGCGAAGUCGGUAAACGAGUAGCAGAGAAAAUCGUCCCGCCCGAAUCAGAGCAAGAACCAACGGAAUCUCGUCGACAAUGGGUGAAGUUAACUGAAGCGAUUUUAGCGAAGAAUAUGGAUGCUGCUACGGAUGCGAAGUGUGCUGUUGAGGAUGCGCAGAGGGAGGAUAGGAGGGUUAGGGAUGAGAAGGGGGAGAAGUUUGUACCGAGGUUCUUUGAGUUGAAGGAUGGGCGCUGGGAGCCUAAAAUUCAACUUCCCUCUGACCUGGAAGAAGCAACGAAAGCAGUCAUAGAAUGGAUCUGGCCUUCGUCUAAGAGCGAGCCCGAGCCCGAAGCCCAAUUACAGUCCUCCGAAUCCUCUUCCUCUUCCUGAUAAAUAAACGACGACUUAUCAUAUUCUUCCCAUAUUCCAUAUCCCAUCUCGUGUUCAUGUCUUCUCUGACUCACUUACACUACUACUUUACGCUUUACGCGCCUGCAACCCACUAUACACUUAUUUACCUAGUUACACUCAUAUACACAGAGAUCC